AGGAGGAGGAAGAGGGCUGGGGAGGCGAUUGGAGUGCUUGGGUUCUGCAGAGAAAGUUUCCCUGGAGUGGCGGCGAGGGCUUCGAGGAGCCUGGACGGGGAAGGCGGGAUGCGGCAGCCGGGGCGCCGGAGAGCCUCCUCCUUCCUCCUCCUCCUCCCUCUUCCUCUCUAACCAGAGCCGGAUCGGGACGCCGCCGGGAUGGGCGAGGGCUUUUCGGCCGGGCUCGCCCUCUUCUCCGCCGUGCUCGCCCUCCUGGCCGCCUCCGCCCGCUGCCGGGCUCCCUUCGCCUUCCCGCUCCGAGUGGCUUCCCCCGCUGGCCCCAUCCCGCCCUCGCUGAAGCCCCCCGGCAGCCUCCCGCAGCCCUCGCCGGAGCCCCCGGGAGCGGCGGGCUUAGCCUUGGCGGCGGCGCCCAACUUGGUGGCCAUGGUGGACAACCUGGAAGGCGACUCCGGGCGAGGCUACUACCUGGAGCUGCUCCUGGGCACCCCGCCCCAGAAGCUAAAUAUUCUGGUUGACACUGGAAGCAGCAAUUUUGCAGUUGCAGGUACACCAAAUACAGACGUGACUUCCUAUUUCAACAGUGAAAAAUCAAGCACAUACAAGCCACUGGGCAUUGAUGUCGCUGUUAAAUAUACUCAAGGAAGCUGGAUUGGAACUCUUGGAACAGAUGUUAUCACUAUGCCAAAAGGAAUCAAUGGCACUUAUACAAUCAACAUUGCAAGCAUCUCUCAAUCUGAAAAUUUCUUUUUACAAGGCAUUCAGUGGCAAGGGAUCCUUGGUCUUGCUUAUGAUGCCUUGGCCAAGCCUUCAGGUUCAUUGGAGACAUUUUUUGAUUCCCUGGUGAAUCAAGCAAAGAUUCCCAACAUUUUUUCCUUGCAGAUGUGUGGAGCUGGUUUGCCUGUUUCUGGAACUGGUACCAAUGGAGGUAGUCUUAUCCUUGGUGGAAUUGAACCAAGCCUAUAUAAGGGAGAAAUCUGGUACACACCUAUUCAGAGAGAGUGGUAUUAUCAAGUUGAAAUACUCAAAUUGGAAGUUGGAGGCCAGAAUCUUAAUUUGGACUGUAAAGAGUACAAUUUAGACAAAGCCAUUGUAGACAGCGGCACAACACUCCUGCGCCUGCCAGAAAAAGUCUUCAGUGCUGUUGUGGGAGCAAUUAUCCAAACCUCCUUGAUCCAGGAUUUCCCAGGUGGAUUUUGGAGUGGUACACAGCUCGCUUGCUGGAUUAAAACGGAAAAACCAUGGACCUUCUUUCCUGAGAUCUCUAUUUAUCUGAGAGAUGAAAAUGUCAGCAGAUCAUUUCGAAUCACAAUUCUUCCACAGCUUUACAUUCAGCCUGUUCUAGAAUAUGGCCAAAAUCUAGGCUGUUACCGGUUUGGCAUCUCCUCUUCUGACAGUGCCUUGGUCAUUGGUGCUACAGUGAUGGAAGGAUUCUAUGUCAUCUUUGAUAGAGCUCAAAAGAGAGUGGGCUUUGCUUUAAGUACUUGUGCAGAAAUGGAUGGUUCUCCAGUAUCUGAAAUCAAGGGCCCUUUCACAACUGCAGAUGUAGCAAGUACCUGUGUUUCUACAUUAUCCCUCCAUGAACCAUUGUUAUGGAUUGUGUCAUACACACUUAUGACCUUCUGUGGGCUUGUUCUUCUUGUUCUUGUUAUCUUACUUCUCCUUCCAUCUCGGUGUCGUCAGCGUACCGCCAACAAUAUUGUAAAUGAUGAAUCCUCUUUAGUAAGACAUCGUUGGAAAUGAAGAAUUCAGUCAACAUACAAAGAUUCAAUGUACUCUGUGUAGAAGAAUUUAGGGGGGAUCCUUUUCAACAUAAGUUGCAAGCCCACGCAUCCUCAACAUCAAAUAGUUCUCAGCUGUGCUGCAAUGAAAAUGUAAGCUGUUUUCUAAUACUGUUUUUUGAACCAAGAACAUAUAUAACCACUGCAAGUGCUAUUCUGCUAUUUCUACUUGACAAUCAUAUAACUGAGAUAAUUAGUAUAAACAUGUACUUUUUAAAAAUGUUAAAAAUUUGUUCCAUAGUUGCAAUAAGGUUGGCUUCUCCGCCCUACCUAACAAGAACAUUAAAGUCAUGAGAAAAAUAGAAUGGCAAAACAGAACUAUGAAGCAAAAUAUUUUUUGAUUUUUUUUAUAUUAGUCACUACCAAAAAUAAAUGUGGUUUGUUAAUCACAUUUACAUCAGUGGUUGUUAUAAAGGGAGGAUGGACCUUUGUGAAGAAAUGUAAGCAAGGCAUGCUAAAAAGUAGGUAUUUAUUUUGAUUCCAACAAAAAAAGGAUUUCUGUUACUGUCAAUGGUUCCUUCUUUGUAACUCUCAUUAGAGAAGACUGUAAGGAAAACAAUGAAACCAAAACCUAUUGUGCAGCCUUAAUAUAAAACAAGACUACCUCUGGAUUUGCAAUGAUGCCAUUCACUAUUAUGAUGUUGGUAGAAUGCUCUUAAAAUAAAUAUCACUUUUCAUAGAAA